ACAAGACUCGGGUGUUCGGGUGCCAUUAAGCUGCGGAAAAGACUGGACACGGUCAGAUUGCUUGAACAUUUUGAGGAUAUUAUUUUCAUCAAGCUGAAUAUUUUUGUGGAAUACUAUUUGUUUACAUUGUAUUAUCAAGGCUAUAUUGUGUUUUGACGUUUUAAUCCCAGGAUGGGGCACAAAGGAAUCUCGGUGACAGGUCUGGUCUGCAGCGUUGCUUUCUUUCUUCUACCGCUGCACUCCGCCUAUGGAGACGUGAGCUAUUCUGUUCCGGAGGAGAUGAAACGUGGAUCUGUUAUUGGAAAUAUAGCCAAAGAUAUCGGGCUUGUGGCGAGCAGACUUUCCGCUCGUAAGGCCCGUGUUGAUCCCGAUGGGAACCGUAAACGUUACUGUGACAUUAAUCUGAGUUCCGGAGAUCUGAUUGUUGCGGAGAGAAUUGACAGAGAGGGGCUUUGUGGCAAGAAGGCUUCGUGUGUUUUAAACCAGGAACUUGUGUUGGAGAAUCCUUUGGAGGUGCAACGUAUUAGUCUUCAUGUUCAAGAUAUAAAUGAUAAUUCUCCGCAAUUUAAGGACGAAGUGAUUAAAAUUGAAAUGAGGGAAUCAGCAGACAAAGGCGCUCGUUUUUUACUUGAUCAGGCACACGAUGCAGAUUUAGGACAGAAUGCAGUGCAAAGGUACACUUUACAAAAAAAUGACAAUUUUCUAUUGACCGUUGAUAGUCAUACUGUUGAGCUUGUUCUAGAGAAGGAGCUUGAUCGUGAACAAAGCAAUGAAAUCAAAGUAUUGCUUACAGCUGUAGAUGGGGGCACUCCGCAGAGAUCAGGUACUGUAGUCAUACACGUCACUGUACUAGAUGCUAACGAUAACGCCCCAGUGUUUAGCCAGGCCGUCUAUAAAGCCAGUCUGCCUGAAAACUCCCCUUUAGAUACUGUAGUGGUUACAGCGAGUGCUGCAGAUGCAGAUGAGGGAGUGAAUGGGGAAGUUACCUAUGACUUCGCUCACGUGUCAGAGGAAGAUGACAAAUUAUUUUCUAUCGACCGGAAGACUGGAGAAAUACGAGUGAUCGGCACAAUUGAUUUUGAAGAAAUGUCAUAUUUUGAACUGCGCAUCAAAGCAAAGGAUGGUUUAGGGUUAGCAUCAUAUGUCAAAGUCAUAAUAGACAUCACAGAUGUUAAUGACAACAAUCCUUCGAUUUAUAUACAAUCUUUGACUAACCCCAUACCUGAGAACGCGUCACCUGGUACAGAGGUGGGCAUCAUUAACGUGCAGGAUAGAGACUCUGAGAAUAACCGACGGGUCCGCUGCUCCAUUCAGCAAAACCUUCCCUUUAAGCUGGUGCCUUCCAUCAAAAACUACUAUUCUCUGGUGACCACGGGCGAACUGGACCGAGAACUAGUGUCUGAUUACAACAUUACAAUCACUGCCACCGACGAGGGCUCUCCACCUCUGUCCUCCUCUAAAAGUGUUCAGUUAUCUGUAGCUGACGUCAACGACAACCCACCUGUGUUUGAGGAACAGUCCUAUAAAGCCCACGUGACUGAAAAUAACAAACCCGGCAACUCCGUGUGUUCCGUUACUGCACGGGACCCAGACUGGAGACAGAACGGGACAGUGAUUUAUUCUAUCUUACCUGGUGAGGUGAACGGUGUUCCGGUGUCCUCGUUUUUAUCCGUUAAUGGAGACACGGGGUGAUCCACGCUGUGAGGUCGUUUGAUUAUGAGCAGUUCAAGAGUUUUAAAGUCCACGUGGUGGCCAGAGACAACGGUUCUCCUCCACUCAGCAGCAACGUCACGGUCAGUGUGUUCAUAACGGACAUGAAUGACAACUCUCCUCAGAUACUAUACCCCGCCCCAGAGGGGAACUCCUUCAUGACCGAUCUGGUCCCCAAAGUUGCACACCGGGGCUCUCUGGUUUCCAAGGUGAUUGCGGUGGACGCGGACUCUGGCCAGAACGCCUGGCUGUCCUAUCAUAUAGUCAAAUCAACUGAUCCGGGACUUUUCACUAUAGGUCUCCACAGUGGAGAGAUCA